AUGGACGGGGACUGUGAUUCCUACGAUCCGCUUGGAGUGGCGAACAUGACUGGACGUGCAACUUUGUUGCAGACAUUGUGUGAAGAUUUCCGGCUUCCCGAGAUGCUUCGAGGCUUGUGUCUCAAACAGAAGCUGGACCUAAUCCAGUAUUUCAGAUGCCGGCGAGACCAACCAUUCAUGUGUCAAAUGUGGGCGAUGUCAUGUGAUCCGCAUGACCCGCUUGCACGUGCUUACAUUAUGGCAGGUUGGGCCUACCUCUACAUCCCGACUGGUGCAGUGUUUGUCUUUUGCGUGGGUGUUUUACUUCGGGGCGCGCUAUGUGGAAAGCAGGGAGUUUGUGGCUGCGGCACAAUUCCUUCAGACAGAGCUUUGCAGAGAUCGGUUUGCGAGAGAGCAAGUGCCUUGCUCGUGCAAAUGAAGGAAGGGAACCUUGACCGCACCUACAUGGAUCGCAUCAAGCUGGACGUCGAAUUCGCCAUGCUGCUCGCGGACUUCCUUCUGGACUUGAAUUGCCUCUACCAGUACGCAGUCUCUGGCAAGCAUUGGGGCUUUGCAGCUCUGCAGGCUACCAUUGUUGUGAUUACUCUUGUGGCAGAGUUGCGGAAUGGCCCGGCUAAGCUUUUCACCUCCUUCUUGGAGUCACAUGCUUUGGGCUUCCCCACAGAUACUUACCUGCGGAUUGUGAAGAGCGAGAAGAGCAUCGAGGCCCCACUGUCCUUACUUCUCCAGUAUGUCGCAGCCUUCCAUUUCAGCGACAGCCCAGAAGCAUUUUUGAGCACCUGUGUUUCUAUGGUCUUCAGCGUGUUGGCCGUAACGAAGGCCGCCUACAUCCAACUUCACCUUGGCCUCAACGAGCUCCUGGAUGUCGAGGACAGCAACCCCUUGGAAGACGCCCCAUUGCCCUCGCAGCCGCCCAGCUUUCCUCAAUUCCCUCCCGGCAUCGAUCUUCCUCAGCUCCCGCCCGGGCUGCCUCCUGCCACGACGGCUGUGCCCAAGCAGCAACAGGGCUUCAGCCCUCCUCCGGCGCCUCUUCCGCCCAUCCAGGUGGAGGUGCGCAGAUACGGCAAGGGGCACGACCGUGAAUGA